AACGGGAGGUGGUGGCGGAGUGCGCCCUGCAGCUGCGCAGGAUCGGCGACAAGUGGGACCUGCGGCAGAAGAUCUUGAACCUCCUAACAAAGCUAUUCUGCCCGGAAACGUGA